CAUUGUUUCCACUAAGUCGCAGCUGUGGGCGGCUUCCGAGUGCGGCGUGAGGUUUUGGAACUUGAAAGAUCUGUACGCGUCGUGGUGCGGCGUUGGAGAAGAAGGCGAAGUUGCGAGGAGAGGCGACGAGGAGAGUGCGCCGUUUUGGGAAUCGGUGUGGUGUUCGCCGACGCUGUGUUUGGUUGCGGAUGAGGGGAACAGGUUGGUGUGGAGUGGACACAGGGAUGGGAAAAUUAGGUGCUGGGAGAUGGAUGAUGAGAAUUUGGAGGAUAACAAUAACUGCUGCGAUUGGAGCAAUAGGUUUAAGGAAAAUUUGUCUUGGCAGGCUCACCGUGGCCCUGUUCUUUCCCUCACCUUCACCUCUUAUGAUCAUCAUCAUCAUCAUCGUCACAGAAAAGACGUUCGUAGAAACUUCAACAUGCCAAAGAAGGGUCGACCACUUUCCUUACAGACUGUUGAGCUAAAAGUAAGGAUGUGCUGCACUGGCUGCGAGAGAGUUGUUAAAAACGCCAUUUACAAGCUUAAAGGGAUUGAUUCGGUGGAGGUUGACUUGAAGAUGGAAAAGGUAACUGUUGGUGGAUAUGUUGAUCGGAACAAGGUGCUGAAGGCUGUGAGGAGGGCAGGGAAGAGAGCAGAGUUCUGGCCAUACCCUAAUCCACCACUUUACUUCACCACUGCUGACCAUUACUUCAAAGACACCACCCAUGAGUUCAAAGAAAGCUAUAACUACUACAGACAUGGCUACAACCUCCCACAAAAACAUGGCACCAUUCAUGUCUCUCACCGUGGAGAUGACAACGUUAGCAACAUGUUCAACGAUGACAAUGUCAAUGCUUGCUCUGUCAUGUAAUUAUAUACACAAGUGUGUGUUAAUAUCUACUCGCGUGUUAGAAAUCCUAUCGUGAGUUUGAGUUUCGCGUCAGAUAAAAAUGAAAAAGUGAAGUACGGUAUAAGAAUGAAGUCGUGAUUAAUCACCAAAAACAUUCAUCACACUUCAUAUGUAAAUUUUCAGAAACUGCUAUGUAUAUAAUAUGAUAUGUAUGUGUGAAACAUAGUUUGUGUUUUUA